AUGGACUGCUUCGACCGCCUGCCGGACUCCAUCAUCGUCGACAUCUUCAACGCCGUCUCCGACGUCAAGUCCCUCGCGUGCUGCGCCGCCGUCUCCCGGCGCUUCAACGCCCUCGUCCCCCACGCCGACGCCCUCCUCCUCCGCGUCGACCGGGUCGUCCCGGAGCCGGACCCGGACUCGCUCCUCCCCUCCUUCCUCCGGACCCUCCUCAGCUCCGUCCACCACUUACUCUCCCCCCGAGCCGCCCCUGAGCCGCCCAACUACCCGGCCCGGGUCCUCCGCGGGUUCUCCCGGAUGCGGGACCUGGAGAUCGAGCUGCCCUCCGGCGACCUGAUGCUCGAGAAGGGCACGGUGGUGAGGUACCGGGCGGCGUUCGGGGAGAGGCUGAGGAGCUGCGUGAUCCUCGGGUUCCGCCACUGGCGCGGCGGGGGCGGCGCAGGGGAAGCGCAGGACGGCUUCGGGGAGGGGCUGACGGAGCGGGUGGCGUGGAUCGUGAGCGCGCUGGUGGGAGCGUCGGCGCGGCACCGUGUGGCGAAGGAGGUGGCGACGGAGCAUGAGGGGUUGGCGCGGCUGGCGGUGAGGGACAGGGACGGGGAGGGGGAGGUGGUCAUGGACAAGCUGGGGCUGAGGGAGGCGGCGACGGCGGCUGCGGUGGCGGCAAGAUCACAUGGCGAGGGGCCGAGGACGGUGGGGGUGUCGACGCUGAGGAUGUCAAUGAGGCACCAGACGACGGUGGAGAUAGCGGGUGGCGCCGGGAUGCGCCUCGAGGUGCCCAUGCUGGUCGUCGUGAGGCCCGACGAUGAUGACGGCGCGCCGGAGGACGAUGCCGAGCUGGCAUUGGAGGCGUUCGGGAGCGGAGUUUACGGGGAGGUGGUGAGGGCUUUGCUCAAGAGCAAGAGCUACUCGAUGGAGAUGAAUUCUUACUGA